GAGAGACCUCAGUGACCUCAUGCUCGGUUGACCUAACAAGACUCGAGUCAGGGGUAUUCAUGUGGUGACAGAUGAGUCGUUACAUCUGGUUGUUUGGCUACCCUCAGUGUCAGUUCUUGGCCCCCCCCGGGAUCCAGUCGUACCUUGUGAGGUACGGUGAUGUGUUCGACACUGGAGACUGUAGGUGCCAGGAGGGUCCAGUCAUACCUUCUCUGAAGGUACUUGGAUCGCUAGCGACUCUAGAUAGGCUUGGUAAGCGCUUUCGUCCUCCAAGCGUUGCCGUUGACCAAAAGCUAUGGCACCGGAAGUUUUGCAGGAGCUCUUCCAGUGGGACCUUCCAGUUGGUCUUUUUGAGAUCUUCGGGAACGUAUAAAAGUAUACAUAUAUAUAUAUACAUAUCACUUAACUUGUUUCUGCGUGCUGCGUUCGGAGUGCAAAACAUGUCAGUUUGCAACACCCAUGAAGCAACCAGGUGGAGACGCAAUUGUUCGCUGGAUAUCAGCUAUGAGGAGAUCAUGCGAAGUCCGCUGGUCCCUUUGAAACUCAUCGCUGAGCAGUUGAAGUUGUCUUUCACACAGGAGCAACUUCGGGAGGUUCAAUCCGACUUGAUCCAGUUGAAACGAAGUCAUUGCGGGAAUGCGGUGUGCCAGGUCACAAAGCUUUGGCCUGACCACCGCUCGGCGGAGACGGAGCGACUCCAGGGCAAGGGCUGUGCGGCCAACAACGCAGAGCUGAACGAGUUGAAGGAUGAAGCUUAUGCACAAGUGCUGAACACUCGCUUCAAGGAAUACCAGAUGCUCUAUGGUUACUUGAACGACUGAGCUGUUCGGUCGUCGGAUCUGGCCAGAAAAGAGGUCGGCGCGAGGAUUUGUUUCUCAAUGUUGGCUACACUCUUCUACCGGGGCGUUGGUUUGAGGACACGG